ACCUCAUGGAAAGAGUGCUUGGACUGAGAGUGCCAUCGUGGGUGAAGCAGGAGACUAAAAGGGCAGGAGGUGGCCGCGAGGAAGGAAAGUUCAAGGCAGAUGGACCCCGACUGGGUGGAACCAGAGAGGAAGGGGUACACCCCCUGGAAAGAGCGCGGGAAAGGGGCUGGGAAGGAAGAAGAGGCGGGCAUAGGGUGGGUGGGGCGUGGGGGCGAGGCUGGGCGGGGCUGGGGCGGAGUAUGCCCCCGGCUCCUCUCUUGCCACCCCCGCCCCGGCCCGAAGCCACCUGCGCCCCGCCCUGCCGGCCGCACCCCAGCAAGGGAACCUCGGAUCUGGGCUUCCGAGCUUCGUAUACGCCCAGGGGAUCGUUGCAAGUUCUGCUUCUGCUUGGACGGCCUUCCUGGAUCCCAGAAUGUGGCCUCACUGAGAGCCCUCUGCUUGUGGACGAGGGAGCGGGUCUUCCGAGCGAACUCUUGGGUGGGAAGUUGGUCUGUACUUCGGCAACAUGACCAGCCCAGAGGGCGCGCAAAACAAGGAAAUCGACUGUCUGAGUCCAGAAGCGCAAAGACUGGCGGAGGCUAGGCUUGCAGCGAAGCGUGCAGCCCGCGCCGAGGCUCGAGAGAUCCGGAUGAAGGAGCUGGAACGGCAGCAGAAAGAGAUCUAUCAAGUCCAAAAGAAAUAUUAUGGGCUGGACACAAAAUGGGGCGACAUCGAGCAGUGGAUGGAAGACAGCGAGCGCUACUCCCGUAGAUUCCGGAGAAACGCCUCGGCUUCUGACGAAGACGAGCGCUUGUCCGUGGGUAGUCGCGGCAGCCUAAGGGUGCAGCCCGAGCUGGAGUACGGGAGUCCCUACGCCUGGACUAACGGUUACGACGGAGACUAUUGUGGAUCCCAGUCCCUUAGUAGAAGAUCUGGCAGGAAUUCCAGCUACAGCGGCGGCGAUGGCCGUGUCUCCAGUUUGUCGUCCUCCAGAGAGGAGAAGUUGGGACUCUUUGGCUCCGACCUUGGCCUUCCCAGCAGUGGCCUUGCUUCCAAACCCCUGCCUACCCAGAAUGGACCCCGGCCCUUCGUUCUGUGCAAUGCUGCCCGGCCUGCAGGGAGUUACUGGGCGUCCAUGCUGGAUGAGAGCAGCCUCUAUGGGGCUCGGAGGGGAAGCACCAGUGGUUCUCGAGCACCUUCAGAGUAUGGCGGCCACCUCAACUCCAGCUCCCGGGCCUCUUCUAGGGCCAGCUCUGCGAGGGCCAGUCCUGUGGUAGAAGAAAGACCGGACAAAGACUUCGCUGAGAAGGGCUCCCGUAACAUGCCCAGCCUGUCUGCAGCCACACUGGCAUCUCUGGGCGGGACUUCCUCCCGGAGAGGGAGUGGAGACACCUCCAUCUCCAUGGACACCGAGGCAUCCAUCAGGGAGAUCAAGGAACUUAAUGAGUUAAAGGACCAGAUUCAGGACGUAGAAGGCAAAUACAUGCAGGGAUUGAAAGAGAUGAAGGACUCUCUGGCCGAAGUUGAGGAGAAAUACAAGAAGGCUAUGGUCUCCAACGCCCAGCUAGACAACGAGAAGACCAACUUCAUGUACCAGGUGGACACACUGAAGGACAUGCUGCUGGAGCUGGAAGAGCAGCUGGCCGAGUCUCAGAGGCAAUACGAGGAGAAGAACAAGGAGUUCGAGAGGGAGAAGCAUGCCCACAGCAUCCUACAGUUCCAGUUUGCCGAAGUGAAAGAGGCCCUGAGGCAAAGGGAAGAAAUGCUCGAAGAAAUCCGACAGCUGCAACAGAAACAGGCGGGUUAUAUCAGGGAGAUUUCUGAUCUUCAGGAAACGAUAGAAUGGAAAGACAAAAAGAUAGGGGCAUUAGAGAGACAGAAAGAGUUCUUUGAUUCCAUAAGGAGCGAACGAGAUGACCUCAGAGAAGAGACAGUCAAGCUGAAGGAGGAGUUGAAGAAACAUGGAAUAAUCCUAAAUUCAGAAAUAGCCACCAACGGAGAGACUUCGGACACAGUAAAUGAUGUUGGGUACCAAGCGCCCACGAAGAUAACAAAAGAAGAGCUGAAUGCCCUCAAGGCAGCUGGGGAAGGGACACUAGGAAAAGCCAAAGAAGUGGAGGUGAAAAAGGAAAUUGUGGAGAAAGUGGGGCAAAGAGAAACCUUACAGGAUUCUGAGCAAGAACAGCCCAAACUCAACACAGGAAAGGAUUGUGUGGACAGAGGGGUGUUACAUCCUGGUGAAAAGGCUGAGAACCAAAGACCCGUUGAAGACAGUGCCCUGUCCCCGGGACCACUAGCAGGGGCCAAGUGUGAGCAAGAGGUUCAGAGCCAAGAUCAAGAAAACACUUCCAUCCUCAAAAGCCCAGAGCAGAUUGAGUCACACGAGGUCACAAACAAGUCAGACAGUAGGGACAGCAACUCCCCUGAACCAUCUAGCUGCCGGGGAGGUCUAGACAGUGAAGUGUCAGGGCCCACUGCCUUGGGUAUCAAAAACCAAAGUGAAAACUCUAUGGAUAGUCAGGGUAAAGAAAACCAAGAAGAUUUGGGAAAAGGUAGCUUUGAACCACGUCCAGACCACGUUUUGGGGCAAACACCUGAAAUUGACAAGGUGAGCUGUACAGACUCAAGGGGCACAGGUGGGAACCACCUGGAGGAUGUGGUACAGGCAGGGGACACCAUAGUUGAGGACCAAGUAGGGACAAUGGCCUCUGCAGAGCAAAGCAAAAGCAUGGAGAAUCACAUUGGAAGAAGUCUGAACGAUGGGCUGGGGCAGAGCUCAGAGAGAGAACUCGCCCAUGAAGCAGCUGAGCUUGAGGAGGCCCUCACUCAGAGUUCACAGGCAGGCGGAGAGAACACCGUUACUGAGGCUGAAGAUGCAGCAGUAAGAGAUGAGAAGCCCCUCCAGGCAGACGUCCAGGCAACCCCUGCAGCUCCCACAGUUCAGAGCGGCCAUCAGGACACGACAGGGCCAGGUAGCACAGACACCAAGCACACAUCACCUCACGCAAAAGAACGUAACAAAGCAAAGAGCGAGCAGCAGGCAGAGGCCUUGGAUUCACCCCAGAAGAAGACUAAGAACAAGAAGAAGAAGAACAAGAAGAAGAAAGCUGCAGCUCCCAUGGAAACCUGCAAAGAUGCUAACGAGGAGUCAAGCUGUCAGGACCCAGAUGUGGGUGAUGGGGAGGAAGAAGAGCGGGUCCAGGCCACCGACAAGAAAUGGGCGGCAGAGACCCCAGAACUGAAAGAAGAUCCUCAAAGUCGGCCAAGUGGGAAACAGAACGACGCGGAGGAGGACAGCGGUCCAGCUGAAGGUCCCACAGACGUCUUGGAUCAGAACAGUCUGCAGUGUGCAGACGGGGACAUCUCCCCAGUAGGCAGGAAAGGUCCCCAAAGGGAUGCCUCUCAGAUAGGUGGUGAAGAGGGACUUGUGCCCUCCCAACAUCCAGGCCAGGCAGAUGAGAAGGGUAUUGAGGGCCACAGCGUAGACAACAGUGACCUGUCAGGGGAGCUGGGGGGCUUCAAUUCAGAAAGUGGAGAGCAGGCAAGAGAGGAGGUUGGGAACAGCAAGAGUAAAGAGGAUUGCACCAUGUCGUGAGGAGGCAGGGCGGGAGAGUGAGUGUCAGCGCUGGUCAAGGACUUAGCCCAGUAAGCUCAGCCCUUCAGCCGUCAACUACAUCAGAAACCCCAUGCUUCCGUUCCACGGCCGAGGUUCACGGGCGUUCCAGUUUCUGUGGAUGCUCCGUGUGUCAGUCGAUCACCGAGCACCAACGACUUUAAGUCAUAGACUGUUACCUGUAGGUUUGAAUUUAACCCUUGAUCACCUAGCCAGCACUGUUGUUACUUUCGGUUCUAGCUGAGAACAUUUCCUUAGCCUCAGGGGACACCAGGUGUAGGUUUGCUUCAGGGCCGGAUGAACGCAAAUAUUCUUGACCAAAGGUAUCAGGAUCUGGCUGAAAUGACCAAACGGCGUUCGUAGAUUUCUGCAUUAUAAGCAGCGAAUAUCCAAAUAUGUGUUAUUUAAAUAGAUAUAUUUUCAUAUUUGAUCUUAAUAAUUCACACCGUAGCCAGUUUGGUAUCGUACUUAAAGGAGUGGAUGGAUAAGUAGCAUAUAGGUCAGUGGGUGAGAGGAGCUACACCUGGGGUGGAGAUUAAUCCCGGUAGAGAUUCAGAUAUGAACCAGAAAACACAGGGAGACCAUGUGCUUUUACCUCACAUAACUACUUUAUUUUGCACCAAUGCUCUUGGAUCUUGUUGCCAAUGGUACCCAAGUUAAUUUUAUCAAAGACCUUUAUUUGAAAGAUGCGGGUGAUGUGAUAAAUUCAUUUUAUAUCGAAUAUUUUAUUUUUUACUCUUCUCUGCUAAUGACAUGUUGAAAUUAUAUUUCCUACUUUAGUACUGAAGAGAAACAGCCAUUAUUUUUUUUUUCAAUUUUAAAGUUAUCCUUCUGCCUGAAUGUCUACUUAAAAAUUACAAAAGGCUGUUCUUGUGCAAAGGGACCCAUUAGGUAAUAAUUCAAAAUUUUGCAUCUGGUAUAGAUAUUUUUAUUUGUUGUUUCUCGAUAUUUUUCUUAUUGGAAAGUUGUUGUUUUAUCUGCCUGAAGGAAGUAUGUAUUUUCUAUAUAAAGAAGCAUUUAGAAAAUAACUGUAAAGUUGAAUCUAAAAGUAUUAGCACAUAUACAAUCACCAGAGGAUUACUGUAUGACUGCUGUUGACACGUUACAGAAUCAUGUGAAUUCAUACUACUGUUACAAGGUAGAGUGGAAUGCAAAAUGACCAAAACCUCAGUAAAAUUUGAGGCAAACUGAAGUGUCAUAUAAUUGAAAUAAAAGAAUUUUAUAAUUUUACAA